AUGUCUCAGGCUGCCAAGGCCUCAACCACAGCUGCGGUGAACCCAGGGCAGGAUAGCAAGGGGAAGGGUGCCCCGCCCCCAGGACCUGCCCCUGGCCCUGGUCCCGCCCUCACCCCAGCAUCAGUGCCCAUGCCCACUGCCAAAGUGGGGGACCUGCCUCCUGGGAGCUACAGGUUGGUGGUCUUCGAGCAGGAGAACUUCCAGGGCCGUCGGGUGGAAUUCUCCGGGGAGUGCUUGAACCUGGGAGACCGUGGCUUUGACCGAGUGCGCAGCCUCAUCGUUACCUCUGGACCCUGGGUCGCCUUUGAGCAGUCCAACUUCCGGGGGGAAAUGUUUGUCCUGGAGAAGGGCGAAUACCCACGCUGGGAUACCUGGUCCAGCAGCUACCGCAGCGACCGGCUCAUGUCCUUCCGGCCCAUCAGGAUGGAUUCUCAGGAGCACAAGAUCUGCCUGUUUGAAGGAGCCAACUUCAAGGGCAACACGAUGGAGAUUCAGGAGGAUGACGUGCCCAGUCUCUGGGUCUAUGGCUUCUGUGACCGUGUGGGCAGUGUGAGGGUCUCUGGUGGAACCUGGGUCGGCUAUCAGUAUCCUGGCUACCGCGGGUACCAGUAUCUCCUGGAGCCUGGUGACUUCCAGCACUGGAAUGAGUGGGGGGCCUUCCAGCCGCAGAUGCAGGCUGUGCGUCGCCUGCGUGAUAGGCAGUGGCACCGUGAGGGCUGCUUCCCAGUUCUGGCCGCUGAACCCCCCAAAUGA